UCCACCAGCAGCGACGGCUACCAGUCUUUACUGCGACAGUGCAUAUCGUCUUUUGAAGCCAGCAAAUCAAAGGCAGAGCGCCUUUCUCUUUUCAGUGACAACGAAUCUAUAGAAGAUGUCGCCACAAAUUCAAUUUUAUUUCUCACGAUCGAUUAUUACCUCGCGACUCUCAACGACAGGAUAUUCACGGCUGGAAUCUCGGAGCGCAAACCGUUAGCGAUAAAGUCCAAGCAGUUGUAUCUGUCAUUCCUGGCUCUAUGCGACUCCUAUGGCUUGUUAAAGCCUGAGAGCGCGAAAAUUCUACACUUCAUUCAAAAGGCCCCAGUUGAGUCUCCAAUUUUCACUAAAGCAUUUGCUCAAAGUUAUAAAGAUCCGGCAGAACAGCGAGCGGCAAGAAUCGCCAAAUUCAAGAGGGAGAAAGCGAUUGAAAACAGUGUGAAAGAGUUACGGGAUCGCAUGUUGGCAAGCACAGAGGCUGACGACGAUGAUGACGACGAUAUCGCCCGUGAUCUUUACAUACGACAAAUCGAGUUGUUCGCUGAACGGUCAUUCAACUCCUUGCAAGGUCUGGAUUCAGAGCUCGAAAUUUUGGCUAUGGCUCCCUCUCAACCUGCUCCCCCUCCUCAGCCACCGAAAUCAGAGUCCGAAAAUAAGAAAGACGACUAUUCUGAUCGUCUCGAUGCGCCUGCCAGAAGCUCGCAGCCUUUGCUGACGCCGCAAGGCAAAGUCAAUCGACCAUUCAUGAUUGUGAAUAAGAGAGAGCAGUUGAAGAAAAAUGUGUUCAAACCGGAUUACGUGCUGCCGACAAUGACGAUUGAUGAAUAUUUGGAUGAAGAGCGAAAAAUGGGAAAUAUGAUCGAAGGAGGUGGGCCCGAAUCGGCAAAGAAAACUGAGGUCGACGAGGAUAACGAAGAAGAGCAGGAUAAAGAAACAUACAGGCUUCGCCAAUGGGACGAGUUUACUGAAGCGAAUCCUCGAGGAUCUGGUAAC